GCUGCCACAGAGUGUGGAGCGGAGGUCCUCUUGAAUGAGAUUGGUCGAAGAUAGAAUAGAGCUAAGAAGAAACACCAACCCCAGAGCACUUCGACGAGGGCAAAGACAACCAACAUGGCGACCAGUGCGCCACCGCACAUUGCGGCUGGAUGGGUCAAUUCAACAAGUGGAAACCAAGAUGCCGGGCAGAAAGAACUGGAGUUGAAAAUGUCGGGGAUGAGCUUGAUGUCAAACUACAACAACAACGGUGGACCGCCAGGGAUGUCGGCUUCUACGGUAUCAACCACUUCAGCAGACGAUGCCGGGCGUCAUGCCCACGACAGCAGCAUUGAUCAUUCCGCUGCAGGAAGCUUCAAAGGAUCUACUCCUUCUUCCCCAAGCCCAGAAGUCAUUGGACAUUUGGACAAUACCAAACUGUCGAGACCUCCUGGUCUGGGCGUUGCUUCGCCGGUAGUGGGUGGAGCUGGUCAUUCCAAGAACUCAUCAGCUACUUCACCAAUGCUAACUUUGACACCCAAUUCAUCAGUCGAUGGCAAUUCAGACAUGUACAGCUUGGGAGGGGGACGCCAACAGUCCCCCUUUCAAGGAGACCAAGGACCCACGAUGCCCUUUCUACGCAAUGAUGGGCGACGCAACGAUGAAAAUGGUGAUUACAAUGCCGCGCUGUCAAACUUUGGAAGCUUUGAUUUGGCAGAGAACGACAAUGAUGGUCUGCUGGGACUUGAUGCCCUCAGAGAUCGAUCAUACUCCUCGCCGGGACCCAUGGCCCGAUCGUUCGAGUCGGCGCCUUCCCUCAGAGGUGGACUCCCCCCUCCUCGUGAUGCCGGAUCCGAGGGAAGACGCCGCAGAGGAGUCUCACGUGACAACAGUGGACGGUCAGCAGGAAGUGCAAGACCACCCCUCGCCAGUGUUAACUCCUCGCAGUCACCCAGGGCGGGAGAUCUCGUUCCGUCGGGAGGUGAUCUGAGUCUGGGUGGACUCGUAGUGCCAUUCCCUCAUGGUGUUGGCAAUGGUCGUAGAAGUGGAGACCCCAGUCCAACGAGACCAACUCAAGACCCAGAUUAUCGCGGUUUUGGAACCAUUGGACACGCAGAAUUCUCGGGAGCGGCCAAAGAAUGGGAGCCCACCAAUCGGCGGCGCUCGAUUGCUGGCCCUGUGUCGGAAUCACUUUCCCGCCCCGAAUACGGCCGCUACAACGAUGAACGCCCUCAGCACCAGUACGAACCGUCCCGUCGUCGAUCCAUUGGAACGGAAAGUGGAAGAGAGUUCUACCAUCAGCAGCAACAACAACAACAACAACACCAUCAUAGCAGCCAUGGGAAUCACAAUGAUCACGGAUUAGGCUACGGUCAUAGUGAACACGGGCAGACACUGUCCGACCAUAGUGUUGCACACAAGUUUGGUUCCUUGCCAUCUCUUGGCUCUCACAUGCAACAACAAAAGCAGCGAAUGCCACAGAGUCAUCAACAGCCUUACAACCCCAUGAUGAUUCCACAGCCGAAGCACACGCGAUCACUUUCGCAGCCUGGUCCCUCCAGAAAUGGACCGUCACCAGACCACAUGGGCAUGGAAGGCGGUUCGGUGGGACGCUACAAUGCACCUUUGGAUCACAACUCGGAGCACUAUUCGCGAGAGCCCCCACGCUACAUUGGGGCUCCUCCCCAAGGCGCUCACCACCGGACCCACUCGGGUGACAGCUUUCGGUCAGCGCACAGUCGUCGCAGUGCCAGCAUGUCCCACGGAAGUCUGUCCAACAAUAGCUAUGAUGGGGUUGGAAUGCCUGCACAGAAGCGAAAUUCACAACCCAACCUUGGUACUGCCGGUGGUUAUUAUGGCCAGGCGGCACUUCCCAGUAUACAUUCCAUGCCACGAAUGGACAAGGGAGAUGUGUAUGAUCCAAACGGCCACCAGCGCAGGCACACUUAUGAGGACGACCUCACGUUGCUUGGUGAGCACAUUGAAGUCCCUGCAGAUCACGGCAUGGACGAUGGUUAUGGCUCGUACGGGAUGCCGGCAGAUCGUAUGCGCGCUCAAAUUGCCCCACCGGAAGCCAUGACAGCGCACUACAGCGGUUUCGAGGGGCAACCCAUUCACCACCACCUCCCCACGGCUGGUGCUGCUCUUCCCUCACCGAAGGUAGUGUACAAUGUCAAGUUCAAGCGCACACAGAGAAGCUUUGUCUUGGGUCCUCGUAUUCCCCGCAAUCUGGAAGUGGGAACCUACGUGAAAGUUGAGGCAGAUCGUGGGGAGGAUCUUGGUAUUGUUAUUGGCAAGGUCGCCGCUGACAAGUACAAUUUUUCAGCAAGAUCAGCCUAUCGCUCUCAUAGCAUGGGUGGCAUCAGUGACUUGAUGCCAACUCCAAAUGGAUUGAGCCCCCCAGGCACAACCGACUUGAAGUGUAUUAUUCGGUUAGCGACUCAUGACGAGGUGUCUUUGUUGGCCAUCAAACGUGAUGAGGAAGAAGAGCUCCUCAAGAUUUGCCGCACCAAAGUCCGACAGCGCGGUCUUCCAAUGAACGUUGUCGACGCCGAGUAUCAGUUUGACCGGCAUAAGCUGACGUUCUUCUUUGAAGCAGAGGGUCGCAUUGAUUUCCGUGAGCUAGUGAGGGACCUUUUCAGCAUGUACAAGACGAGAAUCUGGAUGCAACAGCUCGACAAGAACAUGACGCCAGCUGGGACUCCUGGAGUUUCGCCUCCUCCCCCCUCUAUGAUCGAUUACGGAACACCAAUCAUCGCGCCUGUGAGUGAAUUUUCUGAUGCGUAUGCAAUGAACGGUCUUGCAGGCGGAAGUUAAGCGCGCAGAUUUUCCGCGAAUAGAGAGAAGAUACAGUUAAAAGAGCACACACCAAGGGCGACGUCGCUUGUUCAAAUAUAUAUCACUCGGGGAAUGAAAAUGAUGGAGAUAUGGAAUUGAUUGGAUUUUUUGUCACUGGAUUGUGGUGGAUACAUCAAUGGGCUUUACAGAAAAGUUCCAUUGGAUGUUGUCCUGGUUGGCGGUUGUCCAAUGACGCCUUACUAUGCUAAACAGGACCGGGCUUCAUUCCGACUACGACUUAUCAUUUGCCCGGUCCUGCCAUUGUUGUAUUUGUUUACGUACCGCAAAAAUUAAACAAUAAAAGUAGAAAGAGUAAAGUUAGACUCCCAUGGCUUCGUU